AUGCAUCUGCACCAGGUGCUCACCGGGGCCGUCAACCCGGGCGACAACUGCUACUCGGUGGGCAGCGUCCAGGACACCCCGUUCACGGCGUAUGGCUCCGGAUGCGAUAUUGUUAUUCUGGCAAAUGACUUUGAAUGUGUGCAAAUUAUUCCUGGUGCUAAACAUGGAAACAUCCAAGUCAGCUGUGUGGAAUGUUCCCAAGAAGGAAGGAUUGCGGCCUCUUACGGAAAUGCUGUGUGUAUCUUUGAACCACUAGGGGUAAAUUCUCACAAGAGAAAUUGUCUACUGAAGUGUCAAUGGCUGAAAACGGGACAGGUUUUCCUCAGUUCUAUGACCUACAACUUAGCCUGGGAUCCUCAAGGGAACCGGCUGCUGACAGCAACAGAUUAUUUGCAAUUAUGGGCUCCCCCAGCUAGUGAUAUCCUGGAGGAGAAGGAGGAGGAGGAGGAGCAGGAAGAAGAAGAGAAGGAUCUUGACAUUGAGGGCAAAGAUGAUAAAAUUCCUCUUGUUUUAAAUGACUGGGAAUGUGUCUGGCAGUGCAAGACUGCUGUGUCUGUGCAUCUGAUGGAAUGGUCGCCAGAUGGUGAAUAUUUUGCAACAGCUGGGAAGGAUGAUUGUCUUCUAAAAGUCUGGUAUCCGAUGACUGGCUGGAAAUCAUCGCUUCUCCCCCAGGAGGUCGAGGAACCAAGGAAGGCCUCCAUGCCUGUCCACUUUGCCUUCGUGUACCUGGCACACCCGCGAGCAGUGACUGGAUUUUCAUGGCGAAACACAAGCAAGUUUAUGCCCAGGGGGUCUGUCUGCAACGUGCUGCUGACCUCGUGCCACGACGGCAUCUGCCGGCUGUGGGCAGAGACCGUGUUGCCCGAAGAUACGCUUCUGGGGGAGCAGAUCUGUGAAACUAGCACCUCCAGCAUUAGCAGCAGUGCCAGCUUCUCGCACUCUGGAAGGCACAAGGACAACAUUCAGCAUGCUUUGGAGACCAUCCAUCACUUGAAGAAUUUGAGGAAGGGUCAGCGAAGAUCGUCAGUACUGAUAACCCACACGGAAGAUUUGCCCAAUCAGCUGGGAACCCAUGAAGUCCAGCGCCACAUUUCCCACCAUGCCAAUGCCCUGUGUCAUUUCCACAUCGCAACAAGCAUUAACCCCAAGACAGAUAUUCCACCAGCCUUGCUUAAGACUGCUUUUAAUUUAGAUGAAGGAAAUGAAGGCUUUGUGGUUCAUUGGCUAAAUAAUAAAGAAUUCCACUUUACAUCCUCCACUGAAAUAUUUAUGCAACAUCUUCGAGAACUUACUGACCUGCAGAUGAAAAAAGCGGAAGAGGAUGUUUAUGUUGGAGAGAAAGAGGAGGAGAAAGAGAGAGGCUUACUCAUGAAACUUGACCAUGAAUUGUCCCUGGAUAGAGAGUCUGAGACGGGGACAGGAACGGGUUCCUCUGAGCAUGAAGAGGGGGAGAGGGAAGGUAGUCCCAAAAUCCUUUCACCGGCUGCCUCACCUAUGCCGCUGCCGACGGUCCUGCUAGACAGGAAAAUUGAGCUGCUUCUUAAGGAGUGGAACAAGAAUCCCGACAUGCUUUUCACCAUUCACCCUGUGGAUGGCACCUUUCUGGUGUGGCACGUCAAGUAUUUGGAUGAAUACAAUCCAGGGAUUUUUCGACAAGUUCAGGUCUCCUUUUCUUCUCAGAUCCCAGUGGCGUUUCCGUCGGGAGAUGCAAGUUCCCUUAGCAAGAACAUCAAGAUGUACGCCUGCACCACCUCCGCGAAGGAGACCGGCUACAAGCCGCCGCAGAACAGAGCCAGCCUUUCAGAGAGCCUGUCCGGCUGGAGGCCCAGCUGUGCCCAGGAGAGCAGCAGCAUGAACAUCACGGCGCCCACCGUCAUGAUGGUCUCCAAGCACAUCGACGGCUCCUUGAACCAGUGGGCGGUUUCGUUUGCCGACCGGUCCGCCUUCACAGCCGUGCACACCGUGACUCACAAGUUCCGCUACUGCGGCCACCGAUUCCACCUGAACGACCUCGCCUGCCACUCGGUGCUGCCUCUGCUGCUCACGUCUUCCCACCACAACGCCCUGCUGACCCCCGAGUCUGACGAGGCGUGGGAUUCCGACGGGUUGAGUAAGAUCGCGGAUCCCACGCGGCACCUGAAAUGCCCUUCCCGGCAGCAGCUCAGGAACGUGGCGACACGCACUUUCCACGACCCAAACGCGAUCUACAGCGAGUUGAUUCUGUGGCGCGUGGACCCCAUCGGCCCUUUGUCCUACACGGGAGGCGUCUCCGAGCUGGCUCGCAUCAAUUCGCUGCACACCUCCGCAUUCUCCAACGUCGCCUGGCUUCCCACGCUUAUUCCCAGUUAUUGCCUGGGGACAUACUGCAAUUCCGCCAGUGCUUGUUUUGUUGCGUCCGAUGGUAAAAACCUGCGGUUAUACCAAGCGGUGGUGGAUGCACGGAAGCUUUUAGAUGAACUCAGUGACCCUGGAUCUUCCAAGCUCAUUGGUGAAGUGUUUAAUAUUGUGAGCCAGCAGUCAACAGCUCGGCCUGGAUGCAUUAUUGAACUAGAUGCCAUCACUGACCAGUGUGGGUCCAACACACAGCUGCUUCAUGUCUUCCAAGAGGACUUCAUUUUGGGUUACAAACUGCAUAAGGAAGAUGUAGAGCUGAAGGACUCAGAGAUAUUUUUCCAGCCAUCCAAAGGCUACCGGCCACCACCCUUCUCUGAAAAGUUUUAUCUAAUUGUAAUAGAAAAAGAUGGCAAUGGCUGCUCCAUUCUUCACAUGUGGCACCUACACCUUAAAUCUGUGCAAGCAUCUUUAGCAAAGCCGGCUGAAGCUCACUCGUUAGGAAACCAGCUAAGCAUACCUGGGCAACAGACUGUGGACUCUUCUCCCGAUACCUCACCCAGCACGACUCCAAUGCCACGUUCUUCAUCCGUUGCUAAUCUCCAGACAGCCAGUAAACUUAUUUUGAGUUCCAGCCUGGUCUAUAGUUAUCCACUGGAUCUUCCUGUUGGUGUGGAAGUUGUACGAGCUACUCCUUCUGCAGGGCACCUGAGUUCUUCAUCGAUUUAUCCUGUCUGCCUGGCACCUUACCUGCUGGUGACGUCCUGCUCUGAUAACAAAGUACGGUUCUGGAGGUGUUCUGUGGAGACGGCGGUGAGCAGCAGGAGCGGAACAAAGGAGAUCUAUCACUGGAAAAAGUGGCCUCUGAUGAACGAUGAGAGAGAAGACGACAGCAGCACUGUGUCUGUUGUUGGAAGGCCGGUCGCUGUCAGCUGUUCCUACACAGGGCGACUGGCCGUGGCGUACAAGCAGCCGGUGCAACCCAAUGGGUUUGUUUCCAAAGAAUUUUCUAUGCACGUCUGUAUCUUUGAAUGUGAAUCUACCGGGGGAUCGGAAUGGGUUUUGGAACAGACUGUUCAUCUGGAUGACUUAGUCAAGGUUGGGAGCGUCCUCGAUUCAAGAGUUAGUGUGGACAGUAAUUUAUUUGUGUACAGUAAGUCAGAUAUAUUUUUGAACAAAGACCGAUACCAUAUGCCAAAUAUCAAGCAUUUGAUACACUUGGACUGGGUCUCGAAAGAAGACGGCUCACAUAUACUUACUGUCGGCGUGGGCGCAAAUAUAUUCAUGUAUGGCCGCCUUUCUGGAAUCAUGACAGAGCAAACCAGCAGCAAAGAUGGUGUUGCUGUCAUCACUUUACCACUAGGUGGUAGCAUAAAGCAAGGCAUAAAAUCCAAAUGGGUGCUACUGAGAUCCAUAGACUUGGUGUCUUCUGUAGAUGGUACCCCUUCAUUGCCUGUCUCUCUCUCUUGGGUCAGAGAUGGGAUACUGGUUGUGGGAAUGGAUUGUGAGAUGCACGUGUAUGCCCAGUGGAAGCAUGCCAUGAAGUUGGGAGACACAGAAAGCAAUGGCUUUCUUGGCGACGACUCUCCCAUCCAAGAUCCCCUGAAGACCAGUUUGCUAAGCAAAAAGACCAGCGUCAUUGACGGAGCAGGUGUGGUGGACGAUGUUUUUGGAACUCCCACUGUGAUUCAAGAUGGCGGCCUCUUUGAAGCUGCUCAUGUCCUUUCUCCCACUCUGCCCCAGUAUCACCCAACUCAGCUGCUGGAACUGAUGGAUCUGGGUAAAGUUCGCAGAGCAAAAGCCAUUCUUUCACAUCUAGUCAAAUGCAUCGCGGGAGAGGUCGCCAUUGUGAAAGAUCCAGAAUGUGCCGAAGGCGGCUCCAAGCGCCAUCUUUCUCGCACCAUCAGCGUGAGUGGCAGCACUGCAAAAGAUGCCGUCAGCACCGGGAAAGACGGCACGCGGGACUAUACAGAGAUAGAUUCUAUCCCUCCCCUGCCCUUGUACGCCCUGCUUGCAGCAGAUCAGGAUUCCACCUACAAAACCGAGGAAUCUACCAAAUUGCCCCAAGGCCUGGAUGCUCAUGCUAAAAGGAAAAUGGAGGAUCAGUACUCGGACCUUUUCCAGAUUCAGCAGGUGACGACGGAUGACUUCAUUGAUUUUGAGCCAGAAAAGAGAGAGCAUAAAUCCAAAGUGAUCAACCUGUCCCAGUAUGGGCCGACCUGCUUUGGCCAGGAGCACGCCAGUGUCCUUUCAAGCCAUCUCAUGCACUCGAGCUUGCCGGGCCUCACUCGCCUGGAGCAGAUGUUCUUGGUGGCCUUGGCCGACACGGUGGCCACAACCAGCACCGAACUGGAGGAAAACAGAGACAAGGACUACUCAGGGAGAGAGACUUUGGAUGAGUGUGGAUUGCGUUACUUAUUAGCUAUGCGUUUACAUACGUGUCUCCUCACGUCACUCCCCCCUUUAUAUCGUGUUCAGCUACUCCAUCAAGGUGUUUCAACGUGCCACUUUGCCUGGGCUUUUCACUCGGAAGCAGAGGAAGAGUUGAUCAACAUGAUUCCUGCGAUCCAAAGAGGAGACCCCCAGUGGUCCGAAUUAAGAGCAAUGGGGAUAGGCUGGUGGGUCAGAAAUAUUAACACUCUCCGAAGGUGCAUGGAAAAGGUUGCAAAAGCGGCCUUCCAGAGGAACAACGAUGCCUUGGACGCCGCACUGUUUUAUCUUGCAAUGAAGAAAAAGGCGGUGGUGUGGGGUCUGUUUCGUUCUCAGCAUGACGAGAAAAUGACCCAGUUCUUCAGCCAUAAUUUCAGCGAAGAUCGAUGGCGCAGAGCAGCACUGAAAAAUGCUUUUGCUCUACUGGGGAAGCAACGCUUUGAGCAAUCAGCUGCCUUUUUCCUAUUAGCUGGAUCCUUAAAGGAUGCUAUAGAGGUGUGCCUUGAGAAAAUGGAAGAUAUCCAACUAGCUAUGAUUAUUGCUCGCUUAUAUGAAUCAGAGUUUGAGAUAUCCUCCACGUACACAGCCAUCCUUUAUGAAAAGAUUUUGGGCUGUGAGAAAGAUGGGACUGGAUUCAGCUGCACCAAACUACACCCCGAUCCUUUCCUGAGGAGCCUGGCCUACUGGGUGAUGAAAGAGUACACCAGAGCGCUCGACACGCUGCUAGAACAAACACCAAAGGAGGAGGAUGAAAAUCCAGUCAUCGUCAAAUCCUGCAAUCCAGUCGUGUUCAGCUUCUACAACUACCUUCGUACUCACCCCUUGCUCAUCCGGAGAAAUUUUUCCUCGCCCGAUGGGACUUUAGCCACAUUAGGACUGCAAGCUGAGAAAAGCUUCGUGGACAAAAUCAACCUCAUUGAAAGGAAGCUCUUCUUUACGACCGCCAACGCUCACUUCAAAGUGGGCUGCCCCGUUUUAGCCCUUGAGGUUCUUUCCAAGCUCCCCAGCAUAAGCAGCAAAUCUGCCUUGUUCCCGAAGAAGGAGGACGCCAGCCCUAGUCCGGUCAUGCAGAAUGGGGUGAAAGCAGAGCCAGCGAUCUUUGGUGAGAGCCGUGCAUCGGAUUCGGUAAGUCAGGCCGACUCUUCAGCCCUGAUUGACUGGAGCAAGCCGGCAAUAACCUUUGAGGACGAGCCUCUGCAACUUGACUGGGGAGAAGACAAGAGCAGUUCGCCGGAGGAGGAAGAGGGGGGCCUGAUGAUGACGGGCUCAAAAGCAGGACCAGAAGACACGAGGCAGGCUGACAAAAGCCCGGGGAGCGAGGAUGCAGAUGCCGACAAAACGGAAGUCGACGUGAUUGCCGAGCAGCUGAAGUUCCGAGCCUGCCUCAAAAUCCUCAUGACGGAACUCCGGACAUUGGCAACGGGGUACGAAGUGGAUGGAGGGAAGCUCCGGUUCCAGCUGUACAACUGGCUGGAAAAGGAAAUCGCAGCUUUGCACGAAAUAUGCAAUCACGAAGGACGUGACAAAGAUGACGGUAAAAUCGAUGUCGGGAUAAACGGAGACCUCCUUGGCCACGAAGACGCGGUGGACAAGCCGGAGGUCGGCUCCUACGAGCGGCACCAGAUGGAGCGGCGCAGGCUGCAGGCCAAGCGCGAACACGCCGAGCGGAGGAAGUGGUGGCUGCAGAAGAACCAGGCCCUCCUGAGGGUGUUCCUCAGCUACUGCAGCCUUCACGGGGCGCAGGGCGGCGGCCUCGCCUCCGUGCGGAUGGAGCUCAAGUUCUUGCUGCAGGAGUCGCAGCAGGAGACGACCGUCAAGCAGCUUCAGUCGCCUCUCCCGCUGCCUACGACGCUGCCGUUGCUUUCAGCCAGCAUUGCUUCAACCAAGACGGUGAUAGCCAACCCCGUGCUGUACUUGAACAACCACAUCCACGAUAUUCUCCACACCAUCAUGCAGAUGAAAACACCGCCGCAUCCCAACGUUGAAGAUGUGAAGGUACAUACCCUCUAUUCAUUAGCUGCCUCCCUUUCUGCAUCUAUUUACCAAGCACUGUGUGACAGCCACAGCUACAGCAGUCAAACCGAAGCAAAUCAGUUUACAGGAAUGGUUUAUCAAGGACUUCUCCUGAGUGACCGUCGCCGACUGAGGACAGAGAGCAUUGAGGAACACGCCACGCCAAAUUCCUUGCCAGCUCAGUGGCCUGGUGUGAGCUCGCUUAUCAACCUCUUGAGUACAGCCCAGGACGAGGACCAGCCGAAGCUCACCGUCCUGUUAUGUGAAGCCGUCAUAGCCGUCUACCUAAGCCUUCUGAUACACGCACUCGCCACGAACGCUUGCAACAAACUGUUCCGACUAGCAGCCCAUCCUUUGAACAACCGAAUGUGGGCAGCUGUCUUUGGAGGCGGAGUGAAACUUGUGAUAAAACCAAGGCGGCAGUCUGAAAAUAUUCCAGCUCCUCCAGUUUCUUCAGAAGAGAUGGAUAAGCAUCGUCGUAGAUUCAACAUGAGGAUGUUGGUGCCGGGGAGACCAGUGAAAGACAGUGCGGUCCCUCCGCCUGUGCCCACGGAAAGACCAUCCUACAAGGAAAAGUUCAUCCCUCCGGAACUCAGCAUGUUGGACUAUUUUGUCGCAAAGCCAUUCCUUCCUUUUUCAGACAGUGGUGUGAUGUAUGAUUCUGAUGAAAGCAUCCAUAGCGAAGACGAGGAGGAGGAUGCUUUCCUCUCUGAUGUGCAGAUCCUGGAGCACAAGGAUGCCAAUUCGUACAGCUGGGCUCUUAUCCAUUUGGCGAUGGUAAAACUUGCUCUGAACAAUAUUAAGAACUUUUUCCCCAUUACUGGUUUAGAAAUAUCUGACCUUCCAGUCACAUCACCUCUGGGAAUUGCUGUCAUUAAAAAUCUGGAGAAUUGGGAACAGAUCCUGCAAGAAAGAAUGGACCAGUUUGAAGGCCCACCACCCAAUUACAUAAACACUUGUUUCCUUGAACCCGCAACGGGGGCUGCAGCAGCAAAUGCCCGAUUAAAAGCGAUGCUAGAUCCUGAAAACACUCCAUUCAGAUCAAAAGAUUAUUCAGCAUUGCCAGCAAAGAGACUGUGGCAUUUUCUGGUAAAACAAGAGUUAUUACAAGAUACUUUCCUCCGCUAUACAUUCACGAAGAAGAGAAAGCAGAGUGAGUCUGUUGAAGACCGUGAGGAGCAGGUCACACAAAACAGCGUAGCAGAAGAUGGCAAGGACAAGGUGGAGGCGGAACUUGGCUACCCCGGGGGCAGAGCCAAAAUUAUACACAAGGAGUCUGAUAUGAUCAUGGCAUUUGCAGUGAACAAGGCCAACAUCAAUGAGAUCGUUUUAGCUUCGACACAUGAUGUUCAGGAACUCGACGUUUCCGCUCUCUUGGCUGCUCAGCCCUACAUAUGGAUUGGAGAAGAGUAUGACCGCGAAUCUAAAAGUUCCGAUGACAUUGACUUCCGGGGUUCCACCACGACGCUCACCCAGUCCAGCACCGCCUCCUUUGCAGUAGCGCAAAUGCAGCCGGCAGCCCCUUUGUCAACCUCCUCCAUGCCGUGGCUGGGCAGCGGGCAGACGAGCACCGGGGCAGGCGUGCUCAUCAAACGGAACUUGAAUAACGUGAAAAGGAUGACUUCCCAUCCAGUCCACCAGUAUUACCUUACAGGAGCCCAGGAUGGGAGCGUCCGGAUGUUUGAAUGGACAAGACCGCAGCAAUUGGUGUGUUUCCGACAAGCAGGCAACGCAAGGGUCACCAGAAUGUAUUUUAACUCUCAGGGCAACAAGUGCGGAGUCGCUGAUGGAGAGGGAUCCUUAAGUAUUUGGCAAGUAAAUCAGACCUCAACGAACCCUAAGCCCUACCUGAGCUGGCAGUGCCACAGCAAAACCACAAGUGACUUCGCAUUUAUUACCUCUUCAAGUCUAGUAGCCACUUCUGGGCAGUCCAAUGACCACAGAAAUGUGUGUCUGUGGGACACUUUGGUGUCACCAUCCAAUAGCCUCGUACAUGCCUUCACCUGCCACGACCACGGGGCCACCGUGCUUCAGUACGCACCAAAGCACCAGCUACUCCUCUCUGGUGGCCGGAAAGGACACAUUUCCAUCUUCGACAUCAGGCAGAGGCAGCCCCUUCAUACGUUCCAAGCGCACGACUCCUCCAUCAAGGCCCUCGCCUUGGACGCCUCCGAAGAAUGUUUCUCCACAGGCUCCGCGGAAGGCAACGUGAAGGUGUGGAGACUGGCAGGCUACGGUCUGAUCCACUCGUUUAAGCACGAACACGCCAAGCAGUCCAUCUUCCGGAACCUCAGCACGGGAGUCAUGCAGAUUGAGAUGGCCCAAGGCAAUCGCAUCUUCUCCUGUGGAGCAGAUGGCACCCUGAAGAUGCGGGUUUUACCCAACGCGUUUGAUAUCCCGUCCAGCCUUUGUGACAUCCUGUAGACUUGGCCACUGCCCCUUUCAGGAAAGGUUUGCAUUCCGGGGGACCGGAGAAGGCUGUAACGGGCAAUUACCACCCUUCACUUUCAAAGUCAUCCUUGCGGCACUUGAUGCCCUAAUUAAAUUAAUGGGAAGAGCAAUGGUUUGACCUUAAAAAACAAACGCACCCACACAUAUGUAUUGUUUUGAGCACCUCAUUCCUGGAUCCGUGGGAUAGAAAUGCAUGCACCGUAGCCAGGGCUGAUGUCCCAGAGGAGGGACAGCUGAGUCUGUGCACCUUGUUUACUGAUGUGAGCACAACCAUGUUUCUCAUUCUGCCAUUGCAGCAAACACCUAAAGUAACCGAUUUUAAUGUACGUUCAGGAUAUUCAUUCACAACUUUGCCACUGAUUUGAAGCAUGUCCGCAUCUUUUUCUCCUCCAUUUCAAAACUAAUUUGUCACGAUGAAGGGUAUUCCGAGUGAGUGUGAUUUUAUGUUGUUUCUUAUUGUUAUUACUAUUAUUUUGGGUUGUACCACUACCGAAAUGUGAUGGCCAUGUAGUCCGUGGACCAAUGAGGAAUGUACCAGGGCUAGUGUGUAUCUUACUCGAUGCUGAGACCCUUUUAUCUCCCUUCUCUUUCCCUCCUCCAAGUUAGUAUUAAGGCACAGUUGGUACUAUAAACUGCACAGAAGCACAUGUCUCAGAACCAGUAGAAUUUCCCUUCAAUUGCACACUAUUUUUGAUCUUCUCUCUUCUUGAGCAGGACAUACCUGGGACGGCCGCUGAAAAUGGAAGCCCUGUGUUGUAUUUUCUGCUCCCCUCUAUAAUAUUAAGUACAUCUUACUCUGAUCUGGUCAACAGUAUUUGCGCUGUUCCUCUACCUUCUUUCCCACACCAGCCGGUGAGGGAAGGGACUCAAAUAGUGUCAUGACAUCAGGACAAGAGGCACUGUGGAGCAUCGGAAGGAAUUCAACAUGGGGCUUCCAUUUUCAUGGGUGGCACCGAGUCCUUGUAUUCCGGCCUUUUGCUCCUUGACCCUCGCUUAUUUUCGGUCCUGCCUUCUGCAUUAGGAAUGUAAUCGUGAGCAUUCGGUGUUUGUAGAGAAGGGGAGCCUACUUCUGUUGAUCAUUCUGUUGAGUUUUGUUUUAUCCAGAAUAAAAGCAAACAGAACUUCAUUAAAGAAACACUGAUAGAUCCUUAUAAUGCCACAUUUCAGAUGAAUGUCGGGUUUACAUGUGGCCAGCUAGUAAAUAGUUGACAAGAUUGGUAAUCUAAACUGUUUCCACAGCAUAUUGUAUAAACUAUGCAGAGGUCAACAUUGUUUGCUUGUAAGAUACCAGCUACUGUUUGUCAUAUUUAGAUGUAUUUUUCUCUGUUGUAAACAGGAAGAGACAUUCUUACCAAGAUAACAGAGUUGAUGUCUGUGUAUUUAAAUGUUAACACAUUGUAAUUUUACCCCCUCCAAUGAGAAUUUUGGUGUCUGUGCUGUAUUGUAAAAGAGGAAAAUAUGAUGGAAUAAAAUGCACCUUUUGUCUAAAGGCAAUUUUAAUUGCAAGCUGUGAUGUAUGUAUAGGAGAA